CUCUCUUUCUUUCUGACGUCAUUAUCGUACCGCUUAGUCACUUGGCGACUUGGCUCGACGGCGUUACACGCUUGACACCUUGUGUCUACGCUAUCCUCAGUAGUCAUUGCAAGGGCAUGAAUAACGAACCAUACGGCAGCGGUUGCGUAGCGAGAUCACCAGGUGCCAGUUAACUCGAUAUUUCUCCGCUAUGGAGAAUCAAGGUUACCACCAUCAGACUCUUUCGACCCAUCAGUCUUUCUGGAAGAAGAAUACGCGAGCUGUGCCGGGAAGGCCGAGCCCCAAGCAAGACAUCAGACAUGGCAAGUUCAACACUAUGGCAAUCGGUUCUGGCAACCUGACGAGUACAAUUAACAGCAGCGGCAGUACCGGUGGCAGCGGCGGUUCCACUUCCUUCCAAGACUUUCAAGAAAGCGUCGACGACGCGUGGGACUCGGGGGACGAUGAAUUUUGCACCGUCUCGGACGUCAAGAUAUCGAAGAAAGUCAGUCACUCGGCGGCCCUCAGUGUCAUCAACAGCCACAGAUCCGGUAACGCUUGUGCGGAGCGACAGACGAACGUCAAGACGGUCCAGCGGGAAAUUAUCCCCGAGGAGAAGAAGGCGGAGGCCCUUCAGCGACUGGCGGUGCAGCCGUUGCAUCUGCGCAACGCGAAUUUGCUCAUUCACUCGCAGGUGAACAACAGUCAGCAUCAUCAUCUCGGCGGCGAGGAUGCGGAUCUGAAGUACGGCGCGUCGCCUCAGCACAGACCGACGCAGUUCCCCGGUAGACCGCAGCUGUUACGGCAAACCAAUCCACCUGCCAAGUUUUUUAUACCUUCUAAGGAGCAAGAUGGCGAAAGUAAAGUGGACAAGUUUCAAUUACUUCUGGAAGCGUCCGUGCUGAAUUUGGACGAACUGAGGCAACUGUCGUGGUCGGGCGUGCCGGCCAAAUUGCGUUCCGUCACCUGGCGGUUGUUGUCUGAAUACCUGCCGGCUAAUCUGGAGCGUAGGCAGCACGUGUUGGAGCGCAAACGACUGGACUACUGGAACCUGGUGAAGCAAUACUACGACGUCGAGCGCGACGAGGCCUUCCAAGACACGUAUCGGCAGAUUCAUAUCGACAUACCGCGAAUGUCGCCGCUCAUAUCGCUGUUCCAGCAGACGACGGUGCAGUUAAUAUUCGAGAGAAUACUGUACAUCUGGGCGAUCAGGCAUCCCGCGUCCGGCUAUGUUCAGGGUAUGAAUGACUUGGUGACGCCCUUCUUCUUAGUCUUCUUACAAGAAGCGGUACCUGUGCAAGCCUGGCAAGAUCUCGAGAACUACGACGUGGCAUCGUUGUCGAAGGAGCAGCGCGACAUCAUCGAGGCCGACAGCUUUUGGUGCCUGUCGAAAUUUCUAGACGGUAUACAGGACAAUUACAUAUUUGCUCAAUUGGGAAUUCAGCACAAGGUGAAUCAAUUGAAGGAACUGAUACAGAGGAUUGACGCACCGCUGCAUCAGCACCUGCAUCAGCACGGGGUGGAUUAUCUACAGUUUUCCUUCCGGUGGAUGAACAAUCUACUGACCAGGGAGAUCCCACUUCACUGCACCAUUCGUCUGUGGGACACCUACCUGGCGGAAUCUGACAGAUUCGCUUCAUUCCAGCUCUACGUAUGCGCGGCCUUUCUUCUGCGCUGGAGGCGUCACUUACUCUUGCAACCUGAUUUCCAAGGGCUGAUGUUAAUGCUACAAAACCUGCCCACUCAGAACUGGACGGACUCGGAGAUCGGUGUGCUGGUGGCCGAGGCGUACAAGUUGAAGUUCACAUUCGCCGACGCGCCGAAUCAUCUGCAAGCUCACGAUACCAGGUGACCAUUUUUAGACGGGUUGAGUUAAAGUUAUUAUCACGAGUAAAAUAGUGGCCAAACCAUCGAGGGGUUUAGGCGAUAUAGGCGAUAUAUCGCCGGCCCUCCUCUUCCGUCUUAUCGUCGCUAUGUAUACGCUGCGAUGUUCAGUCUAUCACGGCCAUAUUGUGAAAGUUUCCGGUACGCGCGGUCUCCUUUUCAUUUGCCCCUACUUGUCGACUACUGGGUUUUCUCCUCCGAUUACCACGCGCGUCGUUAUAGAGUUUAUCCUUUUGUUAUAUGAGGAGGAUUUCGUGGAGGGAGGUGUCUUAGAUAUACUCGCCAUAUUCCGCACCGGAAUAAACGAUGUAAAUGCGAUGGUUGAAGACGAGAGGCGCGGAGAAUGUAACGCGAAUCAAUUGCCAUUUCCCGGUUUGCAUUACAUUUUUAUAUAUAUAGCAAGUCUCAGACCUUAUAUAUAUAUACAGAUAAUAUAUAGACAGAAAAGUUUUA